ACCUUUUCCCCUUUGACUGGCCCCAUAAAGGAGCAAUGGUAUCAGUGCUUUUAGCUUUGCUUUGUUUCAGGCACAUAUCCUCCAUUCUCAGGUGCUUUCUCGGCAAUGAGAAUGGCAGGGUUUCCUUUCUCAUUCUGGAGGAAAGGCAUAUUCCUUUCAUGAUCUGAUGGAACAUCUUGAUCAUAAGGUUCUUUAAAGUCUGCACUCCCGCAGUGAACUUACACAAAGAAGGAUUGUGAAUAUGCAAGCCUGAGACAAUGUUUCCAAUAUACCAUACCAACGGUGUAGGCACUUGGCACCUUUCGGCUUAGAGAGCAAAGGGGGAACCCCGUGAGGCUAGUCGUUGGCCAGGGGCAAAAUGUACAAUACUUCAUGUGGGGGUUUGGCUGCGCAUCAAGUGAUGUGGCUAUUUUUCUAUUUUUCUAUUUCACGCUGAAUUGGUAAGAACUAGGUAUUGACUGAUUCCGGGUUUCACCCUUACUCAUGAAACCUGGAUCAAAGAAGGGCUGGCGCUCAGUCAUGCCUCUAGCUUCACGAGACAUUUUGAGGACCCAUUUUUGCAUGUUCCCAAAAGUGAAGUCAACAAGCUAUGAUGCAGGCAGCUCUCCUGUGUAUCUCAAUGUGUAUGACUUGACGCCUGUCAAUGGUUAUUUCUAUUGGGCUGGGCUUGGUAUUUUUCACACUGGUGUGGAAGUUCACGGGGUGGAAUAUGCUUUCGGAGCCCAUGACUAUCCAACGAGUGGUGUCUUUGAAGUUGAACCUCGGCAAUGCCCUGGCUACAAGUUUAGAAAGUCAAUAUUCAUAGGCACAACAUACUUGGAUCCUAUUCAGGUUAGAGAAUUCAUGGAGCGUCAGUCUUCGAGCUAUAGUGGUGAUUCAUAUCAAUUGGUUGUGAAGAACUGCAACCAUUUCUGUGAGGAUAUAUGUUACAAGUUGACUGGGAACCAGAUUCCAAAGUGGGUAAAUCGACUAGCAAGAUUGGGUUCACUCUGCAACUGCAUACUCCCCGAGACACUUAAAUCUUCUGCUGUGCCGCACGACCCAAAUUUCCAAGCCCAUGACAGUGAAAAGAAGAGACUGAGAAGCUCCUUCAGUUGCUUCUCAUCAUUUUCUAUGCACCAGAGGGAAAAGGAGGUAUCGAUAUCUUCAUUUUCUCUACAAUCCCACUACCAAGGCUGCAUACCACAAUGGGAGUCCAAAGAAUCUUGAAAGUGUUUCUUCAAGGAACAGCAAGAAGACUCCAUUUUAAUCGCGAUUCCAGUUUUAAUUGUUGCUCAGUUCCAAGAUUUUCCUGCGGGCUUCCAGAAUGUUUAAUUUUGCGAAUGGAAGCAGAGAAUGCUUGUUCUUGUGUCUCCUGUAAUAGCAGAAUUGAUGCUUGUUGCUGUAAGAUUGGAUUUUUUGGUGUUAGAAAACUUUUGUUGUGCAGAAUCAUAUUUCGGUACGGGGAAAAAAAAUAUCGAACUCCGAUAGGUUACUGCAUUUUACUCAUUAGAUUGAUGGAUACUUUAUUCAUUUGCUAUUUCAAUUAUUUUUUGAUGUAUAGUUCUCCAUUUACUGAUAUAACAGAAUCAUUUUGCUCA